AUGCAGGCCAAGGUGCCCGCAGCCGCCAGGCUCCAGGUCCCAACGAAGUACGUGGUGUGCCGGAGGGCAGACGACGACGACAGCAUCACCGAGGAGGACGUGCGGGAGCAGAACAGGUGGGCCAACGAGGCCUUCGGCGGGCGCUCGCCUUGGGAGCGCAUGGGCUUCGACACUGCGCGUCCGGCUUCCGUGGACAUGCAGAUCAGCUUCGCGCUCGUAGACAUCACGAUCGUGACCGAUGGUGAGUGUGCCUCGAAGGGGUUCGUGAACACGGAGCUGCUGCACAAGUACAAUCCGAGUCCAUCGGAGCACCUCACCAUCGUCAUCAUCACGAACGAUACGUCCGGCAUCUUGGGCCAGACGGCGUAUCCGUUUGACGUGCCGGAGGACAGUCCGGAGAAUAUGGUUGUAGUGUCGAGCGUCGGGGUGCGGGGUUAUGCACGAAGGUUCGACACGCCCAUGCUGUACGACGAGGGGGACACGGUUGUGCACGAGAUCGGGCAUUGGCUUGGCCUGUACCACACCUUCGAGUCGGGCUGCUCCACCGACGAGAUGGAGAACGAGGGCGAUUGGGUCGAUGACACGAACCCAGAGAAGUUCCCGCACUACGACUGCACGGUGGACAUGUCCUGCGGCCAGGUCGACCCGGUCCACAACUUCAUGGACUACUCACCGGACACGUGCAUGGUGGGCUUCUCGGAGGGGCAGCAGCGCCGCGCGUGGUGCGUGUUCGAGCACGACCGGCCCACCCUCUACAAGAUGUCGUUGACGCGGUAG